GGGUCAAUCGUUCAACCAAACUCUCAGGCAACUGAACCGGAAGGCCACGACGACGGACGACGAAAAUUGAAAAGAGCCCUCGAACCACCACCAGCCACCGGAAAUUGGCACUUCUUCUGACCGGAGUCGAAGUCUCCGUGAAGUGAAAGCAGAGAACUGAGGAAGCAGAUAGUUGAUAUUAAUUUGGAGAUGGGCUGCUGAUAUGAGUAGACUUUCGUUUAGGCCACGUCCUCUAGAUUUUCACAAGAAGUUACCUAUAUUGAAAUCGAUCAAAGAUUUUGAAGAUGACGAUACUCCAACUUCUACCCGGACUAAGAUGCUUCGUCUUGUGGCUGAAGCUGAUAACGAGACACAGGUACAUCAAGUUGCUAGUAAGAAAACGGUUUCUGAGAUACCUACUCCUGAAUAUGUUAUUGUGGAUACAUAUGAAAGAGAUUACUCCCCCACUUUCAAUCAACCGACAUCUUAUCUUCGUGCAAGGGGAGUGCGGGCUGAGAUUGGAGAGUUUGUUGAGUAUGAUCUCGACAAUGAGGAUGAAGAUUGGCUUGAGGAGUUCAACAGGGAAAGAAAGAUUCUUCCAGCUGAAAUGUUUGAAACUAUUUUCUUUAAGUUGGAGGUAUUAGAUCAUAAAACUCGAGAAAGAGCAGGAGUUAUAACUCCUACACUUGGCGCACCUAUACCUGUACUUUUGACAUUUGAUGCUGCCGCUGAGGCACUUCAAGCUCUGAACGUAAAAUAUGGAGUGUUCCAAUCCAUCUACAAUUACUGGAAAGAAAAGCGGGAAAGAUGGCAAAAACCUGUUUUGCGCCGUUUGCAGCCUCCUCCACCAGUCAACGAUACCAAUCCAUACAAUGUAUUUAGACCAAGGGAAAAAGCUCACAGACUUCACACGAGAAGAAUGCAAAGACGGGAAAACAAUGUGCAGUCAUUUGAAAAGCUUCGUCAAGUUAGACGCAACCUUGAGCAAGCGAAGAACUUGCUCGAUGCUCUAAUCAAGAGAGAAGAGAAAAAGAGAGAAGUCAUCGAGAGUGAAGUCACCCUUCAAAGGAUCCAAAUGAAGUACAAGAAUGAAUCAGAGCUUCUUGAAGACAGUUUAGCCCUACCAGGACUGCCAUCUUUCUUGUCCAAGUUUGCUUCAAGCGAGGACGAAUUUGUAGAUUCAGAUGAUAUCCAACACAAUCGUGUAGCUCCUCAGCCUUAUACUGUACAGAAUCAGGCUUUGAUGGACUCGAGAUUCGUAAUGCCCUCUGGGGGUGGCGUGAAACGAGAGUUCAGACGUCGGCCUCUCCCAUAUACUUGGCUCCAUAAAUUGGACCCACUUGAGCCGGUACUACUUUUCACGAAGCCUCUGGAUGCAGCAAAGUUGGCCGCUGCAGGGAUUGUACCACCAACCGCUAGUGCGACAUCAUCACGCUCGUAUAACUCUCAUGGUAGGAUUGGUAGAGGUGGAAGAAUAAUAUUCGAUAGGUGGAAUCCGCUUAUGCAUACCCCAAUCGACUCUGGUGAUUCUCUAUACAUACCUCCUAAACCUCGACCACCAACACAUAAUUGAUCGUCUUUGCCGCCUCUUGCGGCCGCCACCUGCCGCUGCCGCCACCUUGCUGAUUAGAUAGCGAAUGAGGAUGAGAAUUUAUAUACCAUUCAUGUUGGAUCAUAGAACACUAACAGUGGUCAAGGGAUCAUUUGUGGUAUUCAUCUAACAUUUGAAAUGAAUUGUGUAUAUAAAGUGUUGUUUCUAAAAAGUAGCUAGUUAUUAGGAAAUUUAAGGGUCAUUUGGUUGAUUUUCAUUAAGUCAUGUAUGGAUAAAGUUGUUUGUACUCUGUAUGGAUUAGUCUGUCUCUAUAAAUUGAGAA